UACCACCACCGCGCGCCGCUAGCUAUAUUGACACUACUGUUUAUCGUCAGGCUUAGCCGCCUAUGUAUGCAAGGCCCUAGGAGUUUUAUUUUGUAGUUUAAAAAUCAAAGUAAUUUUUAUUUUUGCAACACAGCGCAGUGGCACGCCGAAGGGCAUUCUUAAGAAUCACCAGCCCACUCAGCAGUUGAGGUAGACACAGACUUUCAUUUAUGUGAAGUCAUAAAAAAAUGGAGGCUGCCGAAGAAAAUACAGCAGUGAUAAGGAUGAUGGGAGAGUUUGAAGCCUAUAUAGAAAGGGAUAUUAAGAAACAACGAAUGGAGCAGAUUGGUCGAGAAAGGAAAGGUGAAGAAAUUUUAACCCAAAGUUACUUAACCAAAUUGAAGAACGAUAUGGAGAUUGAGAAAAUGUGCCACAAACGCUCUCGUCUGGAACUUGAGAGCAACCUUGCCAAAGAAAGCAUUGAGAAAGAUAAAUAUUCUGAAAAGGUGGUGAGAUUGACACAGCAGUUAGAUUAUUUGUCGAAGCAGGAGGAUAAGAAGUCCAAAGAGGUCAAUGAACUCCGCGCUGCAAAGGAGAGUUUGCGACAUCAAUACGAAAAUCAAAUCCUGGAUCUGCGCAAACAAAAGCUGGAGAUAAUGACAGCACAUCAGGAGUUGAAAUUGGAUACCAGCAAUAAGAUAUCUGAGCUGUUUCAUAAAUUGACAAUGAAAAAUUCUGAAGUUGCUUUACUACAAACAGAUUUGGAAGGGGCCAAAAGCCAGCUUCAACAUCAAAUGAGACGGGGUGCAGAGGCAUCAACCUUAAGGAGAGCCCUUGAGCAGAGUAAGUCGGACUUAGCAACAGCUCAUCAGACCAUCAGGGAAUUACAACAAAAGCUAUCCAAUCAGGAAGAGGAAGCCACUAUUGCCAAGGCAAUGUGCAAUGAUGUAAAAAAAUUAACAGAGUUUGAGAGACAAAAUAAACAACUCAAAGCUGACCUUAAAAAGUACAGAGAAUUGAGUGCAGGUAAAAUGCUUGCUGACGAGAAGGUAAUGAGCCUUGAAGGCAAGCUAAGUAGAGCUGAGCAAAAAAUAGAAGAAUUUUACAAGUUACAAGUACAACAUGAGGCUCUUCAGUUCAGAGUAAAUGAGUGGGAAUCAUGUUGUAAUUUAGAAAAAGGAGGUUUUAAGUCACCGAUGGAGCUAGCAAAUCGGUUAGCUGAACUGCAACAGAAAGAGCUGGUGUUGCUAGGGAAACAAGGCAUGCUAGAAUCCAGUUCGAACAUUCAUCAACAGGCUUACAAGUCUGCAUCAGAAAAACUUGCCUCUACAAACUCGAGACUUUUAGAGGCAGAAAUGAAGAACAGACAGUUAGAAGAGCUCGCAAAACGACUGCAGAAGGGGGUAACCUUGUUAACAAAGGAAAGGGACAGUUUAAACCAGGUUCUCAACACAUACAAUCAAGAAUUGCAGCGUGGAGGUGCUAAUGCAAAAGUUGUGAAUCGUCUACAACAGACAAUGCUGAAUUUGCAGGCUUACCAGAAACAAGUUGAAGAGUUAGAGGCUAAUGUAAAAUUUUGCCAAGAAAUGGCUGGUAAAGAGAGACUACAGGGUCAACAGCUACAGACACAGGUGACUGAACUGAAAGAGAAGCUGGAGCUUGCAGAAAUUUCAAAGGCCUUGCUCCCUCUUCCAACAGAAACCAGUUCACUUCAAGCAGAAGAGCUAAAGACAGCAAAGGAGAAGCUUCAGCAAGUUCAAAUGGAGAACCAGAAGCUAGAGGAGAGAUUAGAGGUGUUGGAAGCUCACAUGGAGCAGCGAUCUCUACAGGGAGACUACGACCCCACAAAAUCUAAAGUAAUUCACUUAAAAUUCAACCCAACAUCGCAAGCAAAGAAAAAAAAGGUAGAAGACAUGGAGAAGCUACGCGAAGAGUGCGAGAAGCUGCGUCAACGUGUACUUCAGCUAGAGUCGCAAGGUACAACCAGUACCUCAGAUGCUGCUGAUGUUGUGCCAAUCAUCUCUAGCAAAGAUGUUCAAGAUUUACAGAAGGAACUCAAAGCUUCUGAACUCCGAAACCAAAGGCUUAAAGAAGUUUUUGCUACCAAAAUCCAAGAGUUUCGUCAAGCAUGUUAUCGUCUGACCGGCUAUCAAAUUGAUAACCCAACCACCAACAAAUAUUGUUUGAAGUCCAUGUAUGCUGAACAACCUGAAGAUAUGCUUCUAUUCCAGUGGACUUCAAGUGGCGAUAUGCAACUUCUGGAAAAUGAAUUCUCCUCAACCCUUGGAGACUUUAUUAAAACAUACCUUCAACAACAACAGAGUAUCCCUGCAUUCCUCAGUAACAUCACCCUUGACUUAUUUAGUAAGCAGACAAUCAUCACCCUUUAAUAUCAAAAUAAUAGAGCUGUAGACAGUGCUGUAAGAUUUUGACACCAAAAUGAUGGAUGGGUGGGGGGUGGUUGUGGGGAAUUCACAUUUCCCUACAUACUGUUUUUUCAAACUAAUGCUCAUCGCAAUACUCAUGGAAAGCUCAAUUUGAUAUAACUAUGUGAAAAGGCCUGUGUGUAUAUCGACUGAUUAAUAUAAUAAAAUUAAAAAAAAAAAAAAAAAAAAAAAAAAAAAAUUGAAAUUAAAUUGGUGGGAGAUUAUCUGUAAAUGUAGAGUCUUAUCAUUGUGCAGAUGUUAUGUGGUGGUCACUUGGAUGUUAAGUAUAGGCAGCAAAUUAAAUCGAAAACAAAAUGUGAAACUCUUUGUGGAACUGUUACUAUAUAUAAUUAAACAACAGGUAAUAGUGUAUACUGUGUUUUUUAGAUAUAUUAGUGUGUAUUGUAACUCAAGGACCAGUGCAUAAGAACUUGUAAAAGACUGCUACAAUCUUUAAUAAAGUAAAAAUGUUAUUUUAGUUAUUGCUUCAAAAUU